AUGCUCUGGUUCUCCGGCGUCAGGGCUGUGGCUGAGCGUCCCUGCCGGCGCUCGCCCGGGAUUACCUGCUGCGUCCUGCUGCUGCUCAAUUGCUCGGGGGUGCCCAUGUCUCUGGCUUCCUCCUUCUUGACAGGUUCUGUUGCAAAAUGUGAAAAUGAAGGCGAAGUCCUCCAGAUUCCAUUUAUCACGGACAACCCUUGUAUAAUGUGUGUCUGCUUGAACAAGGAAGUGACCUGUAAGAGAGAGAAGUGCCCAGUGCUGUCGAGAGACUGCGCCCUGGCUAUCAAGCAGAGGGGAGCCUGCUGUGAGCGAUGCAAAGGUUGUACCUAUGAAGGAAAUACCUAUAACAGCUCCUUCAAAUGGCAGAGUCUUACAGAACCCUGUGUCCUGCUCCAGUGCCAGGAAGGCGUUGUCACUGAGUCUGAGGUGCGAUGUGUUGUUCAUUGUAAGAGCCCUUCCAAGCAUCUGGGGAUGUGCUGCCCGACGUGUCCAGGCUGUGUGUUUGAGGGUGUGCACUACCAAGAAGGGGAGGAAUUUCAGCCAGAAGGAAACAAAUGUACCAAGUGUUCCUGUGUUGGAGGCAGGACACAGUGCGUGCGAGAAGUUUGUCCCAUUCUCUCCUGUCCUCAGCACCUUAGCCACAUCCCCCCGGGACAGUGCUGCCCCAAAUGUUUGGGUCAGAGGAAAGUAUUUGACCUCCCAUUUGGAAGCUGCCUCUUUCGCAGUGACGUUUAUGACAAUGGAUCUUCAUUUCUCUACGAUAACUGCACUGCAUGCACCUGCAGGGACUCUACUGUAGUGUGUAAGAGGAAGUGCUCCCGCCCUGGGGGCUGCGACAAAGGCCAGGAGGCCUGUUGUGAGGAGUGCCUCCUACGAGUGCCGCAGGAAGACGUCAAAGGGUGCAAGUUUGGCAACAAGGUUUUCCAGGAUGGAGAGAUGUGGUCCUCUGUUAACUGCACCAUCUGUGCUUGUGUGAAAGGCAAGACAGAGUGUCGCAAGAAGCAGUGCGUUCCCAUCAGCAGCUGCCCUCAGGGUAAAAUUCUCAACAGAAAAGGAUGCUGUCCUAUUUGCACUGAAAAGCCCGGCGUUUGCACGGUAUUCGGAGAUCCCCACUACAACACUUUUGACGGACGGACAUUUAACUUUCAGGGGACAUGUCAGUACGUUUUGACGAAAGACUGCUCCUCCCCUGCCUCGCCCUUUCAGGUGCUGGUGAAGAACGAUGCACGCAGGACCCGCUCCUUCUCCUGGACCAAGUCGGUGGACCUGGUGCUGGGCGCGAGCACCGUCAGCCUCCAGCAGCACCUGACCGUGCGCUGGAACGGCUCGCGCAUCGCGCUACCCUGCCAGGCGCCGCAGUUUCACAUCGACCUGGAUGGCUACCUCUUGAAAGUGACGACCAAAGCAGGUUUGGAAAUAUCCUGGGAUGGAGACAGUUUUGUAGAAGUCAUGGCUGCUCCUCAUCUCAAGGGCAAGCUCUGUGGUCUUUGUGGCAACUACAAUGGACAUAAGCGUGAUGACUUAAUUGGCGGAGAUGGAAACUUCAAGUUUGAUGUGGAUGAUUUUGCCGAGUCCUGGAGAGUAGAGUCCAAUGAGUUCUGCAACAGACCCCAGAGAAAACCAGUGCCUGAACUGUGUCAAGGGACAGUGAAGGUGAAGCUUCGAGCCCAUCGAGAAUGCCAGAAACUCAAAUCCUGGGAGUUUCAGACUUGUCACUCAACUGUGGACUAUGCCUCUUUCUACCGGUCCUGCGUGACAGACAUGUGUGAAUGUCCAGUCCAUAAAAACUGUUACUGUGAGUCAUUCCUGGCAUAUACCCGGGCCUGCCAGAGAGAAGGUGUCAGUGUCCACUGGGAGCCCCAGCAGAACUGUGCAGCCACUCAGUGUAAGCAUGGGGCUGUGUAUGAUACCUGUGGUCCAGGAUGUGCCAAGACCUGUGACAACUGGAAUGAGAUUGGUCCAUGCAAUAAGCCAUGUGUUGCAGGUUGCCAUUGUCCAGCAAACUUGGUCCUUCACAAGGGAAGAUGCAUCAAGCCAGUCCUUUGUCCUCAGCGGUGACCUUUGUUUUGCAUCUUAAGACUUUCAAACCUAGUGUCCUUGACACUGAAGUGGACGAGCCA